CAACACCGCUUCACGUUGUGGUAGACAAAUGGGUCAAGAAGCGUAGGACUAUUCUUUGAAGGGCUAAAAAGAUCUAGAGAAUACAGAGGAUGAAUUUAUGAUUGAUCUAAGAGGAGUUUUGGUUUUAGUUGAGAUUUAACUCAUGCGCUCCUGGAAGCAGGCGACAAGUGUGUGUUGGCGUCUCCAACCCCGUGCGUAAUUAUCGUCUCUUUCUCGUUUCCAGCUAUAAAAUCUUCAGCUUCCUCGAAGAGACGUGACAUUUGGACAAAGGACAUCUAAACUUGCAGGCUGAUCGGGGAUAAGAUGUCAGCGAUCAGAAUGGUUUCAUCAGUGUUGCUGCUGGUGCUGAUGCAGUCCGGAGCUCUUUGCGCACGGAGGUUCCGCGGUGGUCGCAACCCACAACCACGACGGGCAGCAUCCCCUCCCACGUACCGGGCGGACCGGGGUGACACCACGGAGAGCUUUCCUCUGGAUUUCACCGCUGUUGAGGAGAACAUGGACAACUUCAUGACACAAGUGAAGAACCUUGCGCAGUCCCUCUACCCGUGCUCGGCCCAGAAGCUCGACUAUGACAUGAAGUUGAACUUUUUAGAAAAUACAUCCGUCACCUGCAACGACGGAAGUCCUGCGGGGUACUAUCUGAAAGAAUCCCGAGGCAGCAGACGGUGGUUGAUCUUCCUAGAAGGCGGUUGGUACUGCUUCAAUAAAGAGAACUGUGACAGCCGGUAUGAGACCAUGAGGAGGCUGAUGAGCUCAUCCAAGUGGCCCCAAACCAAAACAGGAACAGGGAUCCUGUCUCCACUGCCUGAGGAAAACCCUCACUGGUGGAAUGCCAACAUGGUGUUCCUCCCCUACUGCUCCAGCGACGUGUGGAGCGGCGCUACAGCCAAGACAGAGCAGAGUGGCUACGCCUUCAUGGGCUCACUGAUUAUUCAAGAGGUUGUGAAGGAUCUGCUGAACAAAGGUCUGGAUAACGCCAAGGUGCUACUACUAGCAGGAAGCAGUGCGGGUGGCACCGGGGUCCUGCUGAAUGUGGACCGGGUAGCAGAGCUGCUGGAGGGUCUUGGCCACACUGGGAUACAGGUGCGAGGACUAUCCGACUCUGGCUGGUUCCUGGACAACAAGCAGUACCACUGCACUGACUGUGUCGACGCUGUCAGCUGCGCCCCCACUGAGACCAUCAAGAGAGGGAUCAAGUACUGGGGAGGAGUGGUACCAGAGAAGUGUAAGCAGACACAUGAAGGAGAGGAGUGGAACUGUUUCUUUGGAUAUCGAGUCUUCCCAUCAAUAAAGAGUCCUGUGUUUGUGGUCCAGUGGCUGUUUGAUGAGGCUCAGCUGACUGUGGACAACAUCCAGCUGACUGGCCAGCCUGUGCAGGAGGGCCAGUGGCGUUACAUCCAGAACCUGGGCAUCGAGCUAAGGAACACACUGAAAGAUGUCCCGGCCAUGUUUGCUCCAGCCUGUCUCUCACAUGAAGUUAUCACAAGAAAUUACUGGAUUGAUGUGCAGGUUAAAGGCACUUCCCUGCCCCGGGCACUCCACUGCUGGGACCGCAGCCUCCAAGAAAGCAACAAGAACAACAAGACCCCACCCAAGGGCUGUCCUGUGCACCUUAUUGACAGCUGCCCGUGGCCACACUGCAACCCCACUUGCCCCACCAUCCGAGACCAGUUCACAGGACAGGAGAUGAACGUCAUCCAGUUCCUCAUGCACAUGGGCUUCGAUGUGCAGAAGAUGGCCCAGCAGCAGGGCAUGGACCCCAGCAAGCUACUGGGCAUGCUCAGCAGUGGCAGCUAAAGGGACACACACACACACUUACACACGGUAUAACUCCAAGCUAAGCCCAAGCAGGGCUGGCUGGUCUGUCUGGCCAGUCUCCCACACCUGAUACCUCCAACCCCACCCCUCCUCACCUUGCAACCCGUUGUAUCUAGCCUGUCCCCCUGUGACCUCCUGUUCACCGUAGCCCAAACCUCAGUCAAACACAGGGGCUUAUAUCUGUCCCCAAAUCCUUACAACCCGGUACUGGUGACAAGUACAGGGGCUACAUGCCACCAUGACAAGG